UCGGCAUAAGACCUUUUCCGCAUUGCCACGAUAGUGUUUGUCCCUCUUUUCAUGAGAAAUUUCUGGACAGAACUACAAGUUUUUAAAGUAAAACUAUCCAGUCUUAUAAUUUCAUUGACUCACAACAUAAUUCUAAAGCAAAUGGCUAUUUGAUGGAAAAUGGAGAGUAUUGGAAGUGAUUGUCUGGAAUUAAAGUUGCAGUAUGAUAAAUGUUUUAAUAAAUGGUUUGCUGAAAAAUAUUUAAAAGGAGUUCAUCAAGAUGAGUGUGCUCAUUUAUUCAAACCUUAUCAAGACUGUGUCAAGAAAGCUUUACAGGCUAAAGGUUUAGAAGAAGCUGUAUUGCAUAAAGAUGUGUUAGGUACCGUGAAUGAGAAACCCCCUCCCCCUAAGAGCUAAUGUUUUGUGUCUGGGCCUUGUUUAGAAAGGAAGUGAUAUUUUAAUAUGAACUAAGAUGGUUUUGUAUUGUGCUUUUAUGAAAGAGACCAUGAAAAUAUUAUGUAGUGAAUUGUGAUAUAUAUGUAACAUUUUAAUAUGGUAGGAUAUUAGUGACAAGGAUGAUGGAUAAGUUAUAAUUCAGGACUGGAGAUGUUUGGCUUCCAAAGCAAAAUAUUAAUAUAAUUUAAUAUUAAAUAAUUUGCAGAUUUUUUUAAAAUUUAACAUUUUGCAUAUUAUAUGUGAAUGUAACAUUUGUUAGAAGUAGAUAAUGCUUUAUUUGAGCUUCUCAGAAUGAAAAUCUGAAUGAAUCUGAAUCUGAAUAUUU